UCUUAGCGGUAACACGUGCUCCGAUGGUUCCUCUAGAAACCUUAGGUUCGAAGUGAAAGUCCACCAAGUUAAUAACCAUCGUGUGUUUUGUAUCAGUAAAUAGUGUAUUAGAAUUAAAUUCUCUAAGUAUAGGAUUGUAUCAGUUCGAGAGGAUAUUCGAAUUAAAUUCUCUCAAAGUGCAGUUUUCUUUCGUGUUGUGUACGAAGUUCCCAUAGAGUCACAGUGGAGGAAAACAGUAUGGUGAAGAUAGACAUUAUCGAAAACCCCAUAAUGGCCCGUACGCCUUUAAAAUCAUCGUUCAGUAUCAGUUCCAUUCUCCCAGAAACGGCCAGUCGACCACCCAGUCCGCUGUCAUCACCUGGCAUCAGUUCCUCGGCGGAGAUGAGCGACGUAGACGUGGAAUCCGAUCUGGAUGUAACGGGGGAUGGAGAUACACCGCCACCCCUCGACUGCACCCUGUCCUCCUCACCGAAAGGAGAAGGUAAAGACGGGAAGACGACUGUCGAAAAUGGGAAGACAAAUGAGGAGAAGAAGAAAAACGAGAAGCCACCCUACAGUUACAACGCGUUAAUCAUGAUGGCGAUCAGACAGAGCCCCGAGAAGAGGUUAACUUUGAACGGAAUCUACGAAUACAUCAUGAGGAAUUUCCCGUACUACCGUGACAACAAACAAGGCUGGCAGAACUCCAUCAGACAUAACCUCAGUUUGAACAAAUGUUUUGUGAAAGUACCUCGCCAUUACGACGACCCCGGUAAAGGCAACUACUGGAUGUUGGACCCCAGCAGUGAGGAUGUGUUCAUCGGAGGUACCACGGGGAAGUUGAGGAGAAGGUCGACCGCAGCCUCCAGGAGUCGCCUGGCAGCCUUCAAGAGGACGGUCGUCCUGGGAGCGGCAGGUCUCUACCCGGGGGCACCAGGAGGCCCCUUCACGAAUCCCGCGGGAUGGGGGAUAUCACCCUUGGGACAACUCUACUGCAACCCGGCUGCCUUGUACCAUCGUUACCCGGGUUACCCAUACCCUGGACUUCUACAACCUCUACCAAAACCGACACCCAUCCCCGCACAUGCGUUCUCCAUGGAGCGACUCCUGGGUGACACCACGACGAGCCCCCCGACCCCUAGUGGACCGCCUCCAGCUUCUAUCGCCCUCAGACCCUCCGUGUAUCCUCCCGGGUACCAGGACAUCUACGCCACCCUCAGGCAUCACCAGCAGAUGGUGGCGGCGAGUUUACAACACCAGACGCAACCUCCAGUUACGACCUCGGCCUCCUCUAGUCCUGAGCCUCCACGGAGCCUCUUCAAGCCUGUCACCGUCCUCACACCCCGGCCCUCCAGCUAGGAUACUCGUCAUCUGUAAGUCGUUGCUAAUUUAUAAGUUAUUGCUGUGAUCUCUUUAAGUUCGUUUAGGUAGGUGAUAUAUGACUGACUACUCUCCGAUCGUUAUUUAUGUAGAUUUAUCAAUUUUCUUUUAAUUUUCAAUUCUAUCCAAUGUUCUCCGAUUGAU